CGCCGCAUUUGCCAAUUGCCGAAUCAUUUACAGUUUGUCGUCUAACGAGAGACGCAGUCAGCCAAAUUUUGUGAAAUCCUUUCAAAACUCCAGGCAAGAUGGCAGCCUAUUUGACAUUGAGCAUUCUUUUGCUCGCCAGUUCGGCAGCUUGGGGCAAACCCACAUUUGGUCGGGAACACGUGCACAUACGCAUCCACCUGCCGGAGAGCGGUGGUGGUGGUGGUGGUGGUGGUCAUGAUGAUCAUCAUCAUCAUCAUGAGGAGCAUCAUCAUCAUGAUCAUGGCAGCAGCGGUGGCGGUGGCGAUUUUGCCGCCUAUGAGAUACACGAACAUGGUCAUGGUGGUGGUCACGGUGGUGGCGGUGGUUUCGGUGGCUACAGCAGCGGCGGCGGCGGCGGCGGUGGUGGUCAUGUAGCCACCUUUGCUGUCAUCACGGAGAAUCAUCAUGGCAGCUCUGGUGGUGCACAUUAUGGCGGUGGUGCUACUGGUUACAGCUCAGGCGGUGGUCAUGGACAUGGUCAUGAUGAUGCCAAAAUUGCCGCCAUUGCAGCGGCUGCUGGCUCUGGACACGGCGGACACGGUGGUGCACAUGGUGGUGGUGCCGGUGGUGCACAUCAUGAUCAUGGUGUGGCACAUAUUGCAGCCAUUGCAGCCGACAGCUCCCAUGGUGGUUACAGUCAUGGCGGUGGUGCUGGAGGCGGCGGUGGUUACAGUGCUCACGGUGGUGCAGGACAUGAUGUGGCACACAUUGCAGCCAUUGCAGCCAGCUCGGAUACGAGCUCCCAUGGUGGUUACAGUCAUGGCGGUGCUGCUGGAGGCGGCGGUGGUUACAGUGCUCACGGUGGUGCUGGUGAUGCACAUUUGGCCGCUGUGGCAGCUGCUUCAGCGGGCUCCUCUCAUGGCUCCUCAGAUGCUGGUGGCUAUAGCAGCUAUGCGGCACCAGCCAGUGGUUGGAGCGGUGGUUCCGGCUACUCCGGCGGUGCUUCCGACUACUCCAGUGGUGCUUCCAGCUACUCCGGUGGCUCCAGUUACGCCAGCGGUGGCUCUAGCUACUCCAGCGGUGGUUACAGUGGUGGCUACAGUGGUGGUUAUAGCAGUGGUGGCUCUGGACAUGGACAUGAUGAUACUGUCGCAGUGGCUGCCGCCUCCAGCGGUGGUUCACAUGGCUCCAGCGGCGGUGGUGCUGGCUACAGUUACUCCGCACCCGCUGGCGGUUGGUCUGGCGCCGGUUCCAGCUGGUCUUAAGGCGUUAGCAGGUUGAAACGCUUUUGGCCAUUGCGUCGUCUAGUCUAUGUUCAUAUUCAUGGCCCAUUUGGAAAACCACCAUAAGUUAUAAAUCAGCUACACAUUUUCCCCAUUACCAUUUUCUACGUAUUUAUAUAAACAAAAUCCAUAAUCAAAAAAAAAAAAAA